AUGGGUCUCUUCAGCACGCCGGCCAAGGUGUACAAGCCGGCGGCGGAGGUGGACCUCGGCCCGGACAGCGGCGAGCACUACAUCAGCCCCAACGUCAAAGCUCCACGCGUCGCCGGGUUCCUGGUGAAGAUGCUGGCGUGGGUGCUCGAGAUUCCCAUCCUCGGCUGGAUCGUGCUCUCUGUCCUCAAGAGGGACAACCUCAUCUACAAGCUCGUCUCGGACGCCGAGAUCCCUGAGCCGCCGCUGUUCACGGCCACCCACACAUGGCAAGCAGCGAUCCCCGAGCAGCAAGUGAGCGUGACGGAGCCCGGCUUGUCGCCGGCGGAGCGCGUGCAGGCGGCCGUCGCCUGCAUCCCAGCUGACCUGGAGCCGCCGGCGGCGGCGCUCGCUGAUGGCCCGUCGUUCAGGCGUUGGACGGUGCGGGACUUCCACAGGGCCUACAGCUCAGGACAGACUACCCCUGUCAUGGUGGCGCGGAGAUUCCUGGCAGCAGUGGAGGAAUGUUCGGGGCCGGAUCUGAACAUGGGCUUGUUCAUCAGCUGCGACCCCGGGGACGUGCUGCGCCAGGCCGACGACUCCACCCGCAGAUACCAGCAAGGGGCACCGCUGUCCGCCAUGGACGGAGUGCUGGUUGCCGUCAAGGACGAGAUUGACUGCCUGCCGUACCCGACCACCGGCGGCACGCGGUGGCUGGGGUCGGCGCGGCGGUGCGUGGCGGACGCGGCGUGCGUGGCGCAGCUGCGCACGUGCGGCGCCGUGAUGGCUGGCAAGGCCAACAUGCACGAGCUCGGCGCUGGCACCAGCGGCAUCAACCCGCACCACGGCUCCACGCGCAACCCCUACAACGUCGGCAGGGUCUCCGGCGGCUCCUCGGGCGGGUCCGCCGCCGCAGUCUGCGCUGGGCUCUGCCCCGUCGCCCUCGGCGCCGACGGAGGCGGGUCCGUGCGCAUGCCGGCGGCGCUCUGCGGCGUCGUCGGGUUCAAGCCGACCGCCGGCCGGCUUUCCAACUCCGGGCUUCUUCCUCUGAACUGGACGGUCGGCAUGCCGGGGAUCCUAGCAGCAACGGUCGAGGACACGCUCAUCGCUUAUGCGGCCAUUGCUGAUCAGUCAAAACCAAGCCCUUUGCAGCAGCCUGAACUGAACCUGCCCAUGCUGACAUGCACGAGGUCCAUGCCUAACAUCAGGCUCGCCAAAUACGCAAAGUGGUUCGACGAUAGUUCAGAGGACAUCAGGAGCCUUUGCGGGAAGGCUCUGCAGAUGCUGCGCACGCACUACGGUUGGGAGAGUGUGGACGUCACAGUCCCGGAGAUCGAAGAGAUGCGGCUGGCGCACUACGUGACCAUGGGCUCAGAGUGCACUGCCUCCCUCGCAAAGUAUCUCGACAACAUGGACAGGUCUGAGAUCGGGUGGGACGUCAGGAUCGCGCUCAGCGCCUACGGAUCCUUCAGCAGCAGAGAUUACCUCAACUCGCAGCGCCUCCGAUGCCGUCAGAUGUACUUCCACGAGAAGAUCUUCGAGACAGCCGACGCCAUCGUCACGCCGAUGACAGGGGUGACGGCGUACGCACUGCAGGACGACGCGUUGAGCACGGGGGAGCUGGACUACAUCAACGGAGCUGCUCUGGUGCGGUACUCGAUCGCGGGGAACUUCCUGGGGCUGCCGGCGAUCACCGUGCCGGUUGGGUACGACAGGGGAGGGCUCCCCGUGGGGCUCCAGUUCAUCGGCCGCCCGUGGUCGGAGGCCAUGCUGCUGCACCUCGCCUACGCCUUGCAGGAGGCGUGCGGCAAGGAGCACAGGAAGAAGCCCAAGGUGCACUACGACCUCCUCAGGAAACAGUAG